UUCUUAAAUUGACAUUGGUCUGGCUCGAAACAUGAUAACAGAAAAGCCUUCCUCCGCUCCGCGUUGUCGGGCUGUCCUCAACCCCGAUCACUUGAAACUCAAAUAAGCAGGCGUAAAGAGAGGAGAGGAGAGAAAAGGUUGGAUCGCACAGUAUCCUAUCAGCGGCUGCUCAGCGGGAAUAACAAGAGACCUUUAUAGCACACGCGCACCCUUGUAGCCUAUGUGCUCUUGCGCAUCGCAGAUCUUAAAAAGUGCUCGUGUUGAACUACAGUGAAAGUUAACAUGUAUAUGCACGCUUUGAUACGCGCGAGCCUGGGAUUUGUAGGUUUCUGCUUGGUCGCCUUUGUCCAACAGUCAGCUUCAGGAAGUAAAACCACUCAAGAUGUGGACGAGUGUGCAGAAGCGCUUGACAACUGCAGCAUCGAUGCCAUCUGCCAGAACACCCUGAAGUCAUACAAAUGUAUCUGCAAGUCGGGCUAUAAAGGGGACGGCAAACAUUGUGAAGAUGUCGACGAGUGUGCGACUGAAUACAACGGUGGCUGCGUCCACGAGUGCAUCAACAUCCCAGGAAAUUACAGGUGCACAUGCUAUGAUGGCUUCCGCUUGGCACAUGAUGGGCACAAUUGUCUAGAUGUGGAUGAGUGCUCAGAAGGCAACGGCGGAUGCCAACAGAUUUGUGUCAACAUGAUGGGCAGCUACGAGUGCCGCUGCAGAGAAGGCUUCCUCCUGAGUGACAACCAGCAUACCUGUAUCCAAAGACCUAAAGUUCAACCAGAAGGCGCAAAGGAGGGACCCACCUGUAUGGACAAGAAUCACGGCUGUGCACACAUCUGCAGGGAAACACAGAAGGGUGGCAUCUCCUGUGAGUGUCGACCUGGAUUCCAGCUCACGCGUAACAUGAAGGACUGCAAAUUGACGUGUAACUACGGUAACGGGGGUUGCCAGCACAUCUGCGAGGAGACAGACCACGGCCCCAAGUGUGCGUGCCACAUGAAGUUCGUCCUGCACAGCGAUGGAAAGACUUGUGUAGGUGUGCGCGUGCAUGCAGGGGAGAGGAGUGUCCAGUCCCAGGCAGCCCCACAGCUGUUCCCCAAUGAGACCUGUGCAGUGAACAAUGGCGGCUGUGAUAGCACAUGUCAUGAUUCAGUGACAGGAGUCCGCUGCAGCUGUCCUGUUGGCUUCACUCUGCAGCCGGACCGCAAGACCUGCAAAGACAUUGAUGAGUGCCGUCUUAACAAUGGGGGCUGCGAUCAUGUGUGUCGAAACACAGUCGGCAGCUUCGAGUGCAGCUGCAAGAAAGGCUACAAGCUGCUGACCAACGAGAGAACGUGUCAAGACAUCGACGAGUGCUCUUUUGACCGCGCCUGUGACCACUUCUGUGUCAAUUCUGCCGGCAGUUUCCAGUGCCUCUGUCAUAAAGGCUACGUCCUCUACGGCCUGGCACACUGUGGAGAUAUUGAUGAAUGCAGUAUAAACCGUGGAGGUUGUAAAUACGGCUGCAUCAACACUCUGGGGAGCUACGAGUGUACCUGUCCACCAGGGUACAAGCUGCACUGGAACAGGAAGGACUGUAUUGAGCUGGUGAAAUGUCCUGUCGGGCUGGUGGCACCAAAGGCCACUCUGACCUGCAGCAAAACGGGCAAGAAAGAGAGCUGCUCUCUCACCUGUGCCUCUAAGGCUCACUAUCUGGCAGAGUCUGACAACAGCUACUCAGUCAGCUGUGGUAUCCCCAUCCUCAGAGGGAAGUCUCCUGCCAGGCUCAACUCCAGCAGCAGUCAGAGCUGCAUAGAGACUCUGGCCCCUCCAGUGAAGCAGACGGCGUCUUUCAAGAUUAAAAACGCCAAAUGUCACCUGCACCCGAAGCUGACCGGAAGGACAGAGGACAGAGGACGGACACUUGGACCAGGAGGGAGUCAGCCCUGCAGCAACUGCCUGGUGACAUUUGUUAAUCUCAAAUGUGACUCUUCUAAGAAAGCUAAAGGGCGACGUGCUCGUAACCCCGCCAACAAAGAAGUGACACGCAUUACUUUGGAGCUGGAAGCUGAGGUCAAACCCGGAGACACUACAGGGAGCUGCAAUCUGAGCUGCCUGAGACAACGCAUGGAGAAGCAGGUUAAGACGUAUAUCAAGGCUCUGAAGAAGUCCAUCAACCAGGAGCGCUUCCUGAUCCGAGUCGCUGGUUUGGAAUACGAGGUGGCACAGAAACUUCCGCAGGCUGCUCCCAUUCAGGAGAACUGCGGCCCAGGCUGGGAGAGAGACAAUGGCCGAUGUGUCAGAUGCUCAUCGGGGUCUUACUACCAUGGUGAGCAGGAGCGCUGUGUCCAGUGUCCGCCCGGCACUUUCCAGGAGAAGGAGGGGCAGCUGGCCUGUGACCUCUGCCCCGGCAGUGACGGCCACGGGCCUGUCGGGGCACGAAACAUCUCCUCCUGUGCAGGCCAGUGUCAUACGGGGUAUUUCUCCAGCGAUGGGUUCAAACCCUGUCAGCCAUGCCCACAGGGCACCUACCAACCAGAUUUAGGACGGACCCUUUGCUUCCCCUGUGGGGGAGGACUGGGCACCAAGCGGGAAGGUGCCAGCUCCUUCCAUGAUUGUGAAGUCAAAGUUCAGUGUUCUCCGGGUCAUUACUACAACACCACGGUACACCGGUGUAUCCGCUGCCCAGUGGGGACGUACCAGACUGAGUUCAGACAGAACUACUGCAUUUCCUGCCCUGGCAACACCACCACAGAUUUUGAUGGUGCCACAAGUGUCUCGCAAUGCAAGAACAGGCAAUGUGGUGGUGAGAUGGGUGAAUUCAUGGGUUACAUUGAGUCACCUAACUAUCCCGGGAAUUACCCUGCUAAUGUGGAGUGUAUCUGGAACAUCAACCCGCCCAGCAAGCGCAAGAUCCUGAUUGUGGUGCCGGAGAUUUUCCUGCCCUCGGAGGAUGAGUGCGGAGAUGUGCUGGUUAUGAGGAAGAACUGGUCGGCCACAUCCAUCACCACCUACGAGACGUGUCAGACAUAUGAGCGGCCCAUUGCCUUCACCGCUCGCUCCAGACGUCUCUGGAUUAACUUCAAGUCCAAUGAGGCCAACAGCGCCAGAGGCUUUCAGAUCCCCUAUGUUACUUAUGAUGAGGACUAUGAACAGCUGGUAGAGGACAUAGUGCGAGAUGGAAGACUCUACGCCUCAGAAAACCAUCAAGAAAUCCUCAAGGAUAAAAAACUGAUUAAGACUCUUUUUGAUGUGCUGGCUCACCCAAACAACUACUUUAAGUACACCACUCGGGAGUCCAACGAGAUGCUUCCUCGCUCCUUCAUUCGCCUCAUAAGCAGCAAAGUGUCGGCUUUCCUGCGGCCAUACAAGUAAAGCUCGCACAGCUGCUGAAGCACCGGAUCGUGACCCCCACCUCCUCCCCCCUGACAUCCCCCUCCACCUUACAGGCCACAUCCCACAACUCUCACAGGACUUAAGAACAUACUAGUAUGUUUACACUCUCUUAUUUUCCAUAGGCUUUGACAAUAAACACUAUGCAGACCUGAGAAAUACUGACAAUUUGUGUUUUAGGUUUUUUUUUUGGCAGUUUGCAUUCAGCGCAGGUCUGCAGUCCCGAGCUCAAGCAUUUAGUGGGGAUGUAGAGUACGUGAGUGGGUUUGGUUUCUGUUGUGCAAUGCAACCACAAAAAACAAACAAUAGAAACGCCUAUUUCAGACAGUAGGAGUGACGUUUUGUGUGCGCGGUUUGAGCUUGAUCAAGCUUGUCAUUGUAUUUGCUAAAAUGAGCGGUGUGAGUUCCAGCUCCAACUCCUACCAUUAAGUAUGACUGUAAGUGUUGUGUAAGUGUUGUGUAACCCUGGUUCCAUCUUCAGUGUCUGUGUGCUGUCCUCGAGGAGGAGCAGUUGUUCAAUUCAUGUCGCAGCUGCGUUCCAGGUCAUUCAAAGCCUUACUAUAUUUGAGCUCUUAGAGCAGUUUCCAAGGGUUUUACUGUUAAAACAGUUAAUCUAUGUUUUGUUCCAUCUGUCUAGACUGUGCUGACGUUUUCCAACCUUAAGAUUAUUUCUGUUGCUCUUUUAUUUUUUUCAACUCAAAGCAAAUACAAACAGGUGGUUUAUCGUUCCAGGAACAUAGUGGACAUUUGGGAGAUGAAUAACAAACUUAUAAUUGUGAGAGCCACAGAAAUGAGAUAAUGUGAUGUCUAGUGGAACAUGUCUCAGAGAGAGGGAGAGGGAGAGGGAGAGAGAGAGAGAGAGAGAGAGAGAGAGAGAGAGAGAGAGAGAGAGAGAGAGAGAGAGAGAGAGAGAGAGAGAGAGAGAGAGAGAGAGAGAGAGAGAGAAAUGUCUUUGAGGGACAUUAUGUUUGCUGCUUCUUUUAAAAGGUCACUUUAAUUCUUCAAUCUCAUAUUGUCUUUCUGAUGUACUCGACACACUAAUAGUCUCUAGGUUUAAAACUAAAGGAAGCUCCACGCCUGAAAUACUUUAGUUCUUACACACAGUAAGUUGAUAAUCUCACAUCGUCUGUCUGUGGACUACCAGUUUUAUCGUGUUUUUAUUUCAAUCUUGUAAAUAAUGAAAAUAAAUUAGACGAGGGUUGAAUUCUUUAAUCCUAAAUUUCUUUACGCAGGACCCGUAAAAUCACUUUCUGCCCCACCAGUCUCAAAUCCAAAGACACCCAGUGACCCCUUCAAACACCCCGCUCAUGUUUUGUUCUGUCCCAAUGAAGACAGCUCUUCCAAAGACCGCCCAAAAAAAGGGGCGGGUCACUUUGUUUUGUGCACUAAAUUUAAAGCCCAUCAUCCUACCUUUUGAGUACAAAGUGCAAUGAAUAAAAACACAUCUCAAUUUUCUUACACACUAUUGAGACCCACAAUGAAGCUUGUGAAAUGUGUUUAAGGCUGCAUUCUUGUUGAGACUCACUGUAUUAAAUAUUUAUCAGUCACAAUGGGCAGAAGAUGUUUAGGUUUCAACGUGUAACUGCUCUUAUCCAGAGAAACACAAAAAAAAUAUGUAUAGUGUCAAAAAAAUGUAAUAAAAACUGAGUAUUUCGUGUGUAAAAAAAAUAUUCUUUGAGUUCAAAACAGCGACCAAAACAGGGUAAAAUGAUUUAAGUUUUAAAAAUCUAACACUUUGCUUCAUGUCAGGAUUUGCUAAGUAGUUAAAGGAAAUGUUCAGUGUUUUGGGAAAUACGCCUACUCGCUUUCUUUCUGGAGAUUAAAUGAGGCUGACACCACUCUCAUCUGAUCAGUAAAUAUAAAGCUACCGCCAUGAGACCGUUAGCUUAGCACAAAGACUGGAAACAGCUAGCAUGGCUCUGUUCAACAGGUAAAUAAAUCUGCCUGCCAGCACCUCGAAAACUCACUAAUCAACACAUUACAUCUUGUUUGUUUAAUCACUACAGUAACUUAAAUGUUAAAAUGCAGGGGUUUUUGUAGCACUACUUCUAGGGAGUUGCCUAGCAACCUCAAAGACUCCAGCACCGCACUGGGUUGCACCAGCUACAAGCGAGUUCAAACUUACCCCGGUUUGAACGUAAAUCAGUGUAACAUUGGUUGGAGUUAACGUGCUACUAACAUUUUAAGGUUUGCACCAACUGAAAUACAGCCACGUUAAAUCUUACACCUAGCCCUUGGUAGGUUUAAAGUCCUCCAUAAAAUAGAGGUUGUCAUUCUGUAUAGUUUUGAAACGUGGGAUAACUGGAGUAUGAGGAGCUAAUUAUACCGGCUGUUUUGUAUCGGCAACAUGUUUUUUGUGAAAGAAUAAACCCUCGGUGAUCUUAUGUCAUUUAUACUCAAUAGAAAUGCUAGAAAUAGAACGGGGGUUUCUGUAAACAUGCAAAAUCAAGUGCGUACGCAUAAAAUAACACAAGUAAAUGGACAAUAACAAAUAUCCUCUGCAAGCAGAUAGAGGUAUAAUUAUAGAUGAAAACUACACCAUUUCUAACAAUUUGCCAGUGUAGGUAAUCAUGAUGCGUUCGUUAUAA